AUGGAGCACCUCGUGCGCGACCCGGAUCUUCGGUCUCGGGUGUACCACCUCAAGGCCGAAGGGAUGGCGUUCAAGGUCACGGUCGCGCUCCGUGCAAGAAGGGUGGAGAAGUGGAUCCGCGGCGUGAAGAGGGACUUUCUCGGCGCCGCAACGACCAAGUGCGUCGGCUUGGACUGCGAGUUCACCGACCCUCGCAUGGGUAAUCAGCGCGUCGCCGUCCUUCAACUCUCGGUGGCGUCCAAGACGUUGGUGUUCCAGAUUAUUCAUGCCGAUGAAGUGCCACAAGUGCUCAAGGAUUUCUUGCAGGACGAGAACAUCAGAUUCUACGGCAUUCAUAUCACUUCCACGCACGACCUCCAGAAGGCAGUCCCGAACCCCACCAACAAUCCCAUUCCAAGUCUAUAUGAUUUGGAAACUAUACCAUUGAGACAAACCUUGAGAAGAAGAAGUACAACAAGAAGAAGAUGGACGUCGCCACGUAAUAAAAAGAAGAUGAACUCAUUUUUGGAUGGGCCAAUUAUCCAUUGA